ACCCCGGAAGUGGGUUGGGGGCUUGGCCUCUGCCCGGCCUCAGAGCCGGCGCCGGAGGUGUUACUCCAGAGGGGUCGCGCCGAGCUAUCCCGUCGGGCGGCGUACCCCGGGCAGGGCCCGGGCCACGGGUCCAGGAUGCUGAACGUUCCUUCCCAGUCUUUCCCGGGCUCCAGCUCGCAGCAGCGCGUCUCCUCCGGGGGGCGUAGCAAGGUCCCUCUGAAACAGGGCAGAAGUCUUAUGGAUUGGAUUCGACUGACCAAAAGUGGAAAGGACCUAACAGGAUUAAAAGGAAGAUUAAUUGAAGUAACUGAAGAAGAACUUAAAAAACACAACAAAAAAGAUGAUUGUUGGAUAUGCAUAAGAGGCUUUGUUUAUAACGUCAGCCCGUAUAUGGAGUAUCAUCCUGGUGGAGAAGAGGAACUUAUGAGAGGAGCAGGAUCGGAUGGUACUGACCUCUUUGAUCAGGUUCAUCGUUGGGUCAACUAUGAAUCCAUGCUGAAAGAAUGCCUGGUUGGCAGGAUGGCCGUUAAACCUGCUUUUCCUAAAGACUAUCAUGAGGAAAAGAAACUCUUAAACGGCAUGCUUCCCAAGAGCCAAGUGACAGAUCCACUUGCCAAAGAAGGACCUAGUUCUCCAAGCUAUGACUGGUUCCAAACAGACGCUUUAGUCACCAUUGUCAUAUAUACUAAACAGAAGGAUAUCAAUUUAGACUCAGUAAUAGCUGAUCACCGGGAUGAUUCCUUUAGAGCAGAAACAGUUAUCAGGGAUUAUUCAUAUCUUAUACAUAUUGCCCUAAGUCAUGAGAUUCAGGAAGAUUUUUCUGUGCGAGUUGUUGAGAAUGUGGGAAAAAUAGAGAUUGUCCUGAAGAAAAAAGAGAAUACUUCUUGGAAAUGCCUUGGUCAUCCCCUGGAGAAUCAUAAUUCACUUAUUCCAAAGAAAGAUACAGGUUUGUACUACAGAAAGUGCCGGUUAAUUUCCAAGGAAGAUGUGACUCAUGAUACGAAGCUUUUCUGCUUGAUGCUGCCACCAAGCACACAUCUUCAGGUGCCAACUGGGCAACAUGUUUACUUCAAGCUAACUAUUACAGGUACUGAAAUUGUGAAGCCAUAUACACCUGUAUCUGAUUCCUUAUUCUCAGAGUUCAAGGAACCAGUUCUUCCCAACAAUAAAUACAUCUACUUUUUGAUCAAAAUCUACCCUGCUGGACUCUUCACACCAGAGCUUGAUCAUCUUCAGAUUGGAGAUUAUGUUUCUGUAAGCAAUCCCGAGGGCAAUUUUAAAAUAUCCCAGUUCCAAGAAUUGGAAGAUCUCUUUUUAUUGGCAGCGGGAACAGGCUUCACACCAAUGGUUAAAGUACUGAGUUAUGCCUUGACUAAUAUACCCAGUCUCAGGAAAGUGAAGCUGAUGUUCUUCAAUAAAACAGAGGAUGACAUAAUUUGGAGAAGCCAAUUGGAGAAAUUAGCAUUUAAGGAUAAAAGAUUUGACCUUGAAUUUGUUCUCUCAGCACCUACUUCUGAAUGGAAUGGCAAACGGGGAUACCUUUCACCAGCUCUGCUUUCUGAAUUUUUGAAAAGAAGUUUAGACACGUCCAAAGUCCUCAUCUGCAUUUGUGGACCAAUGCCAUUUACAGAACAAGGAAUGAAGUUGCUGCAUGAUUUGAACUUUUCCAAAGAUGAGAUCCAUAGUUUUACAGCAUAAUGAAGAGGUGUCAUUCAACUGUUUUAGCUAAAUUUGUGAUUACUUAGGGUUUUUUAAAAGAACAUUUUUGUAUAUAGGUUAACUAGAAUCCAGGUUUUAGUUUCUUAAAUGAAAUCAAAUGUUUCUUCACUAUAGAUACCUUGUUGACUUUAUUUUGUACCAUAACUUAUUUUACUACUGAUAUUUGUCCUGGAAGGUCAAUCAUGGCAACAAGUAUAUACAGGAUUCUUUGUUAUGAAUCACAAAGUUCCUUACCAUUUAAACUGUAUCACUGUUCUACAAUAAGCUCUUGUGUUUUAUGAUAUGAUAAAGCAAAUGAUCAUUUUGAUCACAUUUCUAUGCUGUAAGAUGUCUGAUUAGCAAUACAGAUUAAAUUUUACAUUGCACUGUAAACUCAGGAAAUGAUCAUUUAUGUCCUUGUUCUUACUAUGAAAACAUGGAAUGUUAUAACUUAUUAAGUGAUCCAAACAUUUUGUGUGUCUAUGGCCUUGAUACAGAGUAGAAUAAAAAAUAUUCUUAAGUACUUUUUAA